AUGACAAGUUCGUCAACUUCUUCUUCUCGUUUUCCUCGAAUCUCCACUCAUGGUGUGCAUAUAAGAUGUUGGUGUGGAGAGGGCAUAACAAAUUUUGGUUCAUCGACGGCGGAGAAUCGAUAUCGACGAUUCUACCGAUGUCAAAUUGCAAAAGAUAGAAAAUCUGAGAAUCAUCUAUUUAAAUGGAUCGAUGAAGCUUUGCUUGACGAGAUACAAACGGUAGAUGCGAAACAUGAGAGAGUUGCGCAAGGGCUUAAGAAGUUUGAAGAAAGGGUAAUUGAAAAUGUUAAGUCUGAAAUUGCUAGAAUUGAAGAUGAGAUGACUGAAAAGCUCAAGGAGAAGGUGAAGCUGGAGAUUGAAAAGGGGAUGAAACAUAAGCUUAAGAUUGCGACGGUGGCUAUGGUUGUUGUAGGAGCUGUUGUCGGGAUAUGGAAUUCUCUUGCUGUCUGA